GCACCUUAACCUUUGAACCCAACACAACUACAUUGCUGUAUAAUGCACGGAUACUACUUCGACAACCUCCCUGGCGACGAGCGCCUCCCGCACGACUCGGGACGACCCGUGUCGAUCGAGACCAUCCAGGCGUUGAACAUCCAGUACUGGCAUGUCCCCGUCGACAUCGAAGGCGGUUGGGAGAAACGCAUCGAAGAACUGUCCAAGGAGAACAACUUCAAGAACCAGGACACGAUCAACGUCACGGAGCAGGGUCUUGGAGACGCCUAUGCCGACAUUUUGAAGGAGUUCUUCGACGAGCACCUCCAUGAAGACGACGAGAUCCGGUAUGUAGUGAAGGGAGCAGGCUAUUAUGAUGUCCGAGAACAUCCCACCGACGAAUGGAUCCGCAUUCACAUUGGUUCGGGAGACCUUAUCGCUAUCCCUAAGGGUAUCUACCAUCGCUUCAUGCUUGAUGAGUUGAACGAGAUUGCCGGGCUGCGAUUGUGGAAGGACGUGCCAAACUGGACACCGCUCCCGCGCACGAAGGACACAGACACGAAUGCCUAUCGCCUCAAAUAUCUCGCUUCUCUGGAGAGUUCGAGCACGUCGAGCUCAGAGAGCUGGGCCAGCUGGAUCGGGAGCGUUAUCGGUCGGUUUGUCUUGUGGAAGUAGGCGCAUGAUGACUGCAGCUCCUGAUAUGUGAGAUUUUUGUCUUCUAUGCUUUUUCCGUCACGUUCUGUUCGCUCUUGUACCUACUACCGCCUUUACGAGAGCGUGGCGUUGUAUCUUGUAAUUGAUUCGUUCUUUCUUCCGACUCUCACUGCUUAGGUAUGGGACGGAAGCAAAUAGUAUUAGAGUCAAUAUCGUGAGUCCGGAGGCAACUCCAUUGCGUACCAUUGAUCGAUCUUCCUACUGGCGUAUACUU